CCAGUUGACAGCUUGUCAUCAUGGGCAACGCGCCCACGGCAAGAAAAGGCAACGAGAUGGAAAGCGUCAAGGAAUUCCUUGCUAAAGCCAAAGAGGACUUCCUCAAGAAGUGGGAGAAUCCUGCACAGAACACUUCUAGCCUGGAGCAGUUCGAGAGGUUGAAAACCCUGGGCACGGGCUCGUUUGGACGAGUUAUGCUGGUGAAGCACAGAGAAACAGGACAGCAUUAUGCCAUGAAGAUCCUCAAUAAGCAAAAGGUGGUGAAGCUCAAGCAGAUAGAGCACACUCUAAACGAGAAGAGGAUUCUUCAGGCUGUCACCUUUCCUUUCCUCGUGCGGUUAGAGUAUUCCUUCAAGGACAACACCAACCUCUACAUGGUGAUGGAGUACGUACCAGGUGGAGAAAUGUUCUCCCAUCUACGAAGAAUCGGCAGAUUUAGUGAGCCGCACGCUCGGUUCUAUGCCGCUCAGAUCGUUCUGACCUUUGAGUACCUGCACGCUUUGGACCUGAUCUACAGAGACUUAAAACCUGAAAACCUGCUCAUAGACCAGCAGGGCUACAUCCAGGUUACAGAUUUUGGCUUUGCCAAACGUGUAAAGGGCCGGACCUGGACACUGUGUGGCACCCCAGAAUAUCUGGCCCCAGAGAUUAUUCUCAGCAAGGGGUACAACAAGGCGGUGGACUGGUGGGCGCUGGGUGUACUUGUCUAUGAGAUGGCAGCGGGGUAUCCACCUUUUUUUGCCGAUCAGCCAAUUCAAAUCUAUGAGAAGAUUGUAUCAGGGAAGGUUCGUUUCCCCUCUCACUUCAGUUCAGAUCUUAAGGACCUACUGAGGAACCUUUUACAGGUGGAUCUCACGAAACGUUACGGGAAUCUGAAAAACGGAGUUAACGACAUCAAAGGACACAAGUGGUUUGCAACAACCGACUGGAUCGCAAUUUAUCAGAAAAAGGUGGAAGCUCCGUUUGUCCCAAAGUUCAAAGGACCUGGCGACACCAGCAACUUCGACGACUAUGAAGAGGAGGAAAUUCGUGUCUCCUUCACUGAGAAAUGUGCCAAGGAGUUUGCUGAAUUCUAAAUUUUAGAGAGCAAGUGAGGAAAAACAGAAG